AAUUUUUCUGAUUUCCCACCUCAGACAGAACUCAGUUCCAGACAAAGUGGCUUGAAAGGACCUCAACUACUAGAGUGAAAUUUAAAUAAUGGUUUUAGCAAUUGACCAGAAACUGUACACCUCUUGGGUUCCCGUUUAACAACCAUAUUUAUACGUCACAGCAGCUCUAUCAGCUCGGCCUCUAGAGGGACCACUUUUUGGGACCGAUGCAGACCCCCCCUCAGAUCCUCACUGUCAGUGCCUGCACCUGGGUCAGCAACUUUUGCCGGCUUGGAGAAAUUGAGACGAGCGACUCCCUGGGUCUGGAGAUCUCUGAAACCAUGUCAGUCAGCGUCCACGAGAACCGAAAGUCCCGGACCAGCACGGGCUCCAUGAACAUCUCUCUGUUCCAUAAGCCCUCGCAUCCAGACAGUGUGCUCACCCACCUCAACACCCUCCGAAAGCAAUGCAUGUUCACUGAUGUGACACUGUGGGCGGGGGAACGCUCAUUCCCCUGCCAUCGGGCCGUACUGGCUGCAUGCAGCCGCUACUUUGAGGCCAUGUUCAGCGGAGGCUUGAGGGAGAGCCUGGACAACGAGGUGAACUUCAGAGACAGUGUGCAUCCAGAGGUGCUGGAGCUGCUGCUUGACUUUGCCUACUCAUCCCGCGUCAUCAUCAAUGAGGAGAACGCAGAGUCGUUACUCGAGGCGGGAGACAUGCUGCAGUUCCACGACAUCCGAGACGCUGCCGCAGAGUUCCUGGAGAAGAACCUCCACUCGUCCAACUGCCUCGGCAUGAUGCUGCUGUCCGACGCACACCAGUGCAAACGGCUGUAUGAACUCUCCUGGAGGAUGUGCCUGGUGCACUUUGAGGCGGUGCGGGACACGGAGGACUUCUACGGCCUCAACAAGGACAAGCUGCUGGACCUGAUCCUCAGUGACGAGCUGGAGAUCGAGGAUGAGCAGAUCGUGUUCAACGCUGUAAUGCGCUGGGUGCGAUACGACCUGGAUGGCCGCAGAGACUACCUCCCUGAGCUGCUGCGGGGCAUCCGCCUGGCCCUGCUGCCCUCUGAGUGUUUGAUCGAGGCGGUGGCCUGCGAGGAGCUGGUGAUGUCAGACAAGAGGAGCCGGCAGAUUGUGGAGGAGGCCAUGCAGUGCAAGAAGAAAAUUCUGCAGAACGAUGGGGUGGUCACCAGCCCCUGUGCACGACCCCGCAAGGCAGGCCACACGCUGCUCAUCCUGGGAGGACAGACCUUCAUGUGUGAUAAGAUCUACCAGGUGGACCACAAAGCCAAGGAGAUCAUCCCCAAGUCAGACCUGCCCAGCCCCAGGAAGGAGUUCAGUGCCUGUGCCAUCGGCUGUAAGGUGUAUGUGACUGGGGGGAGGGGUUCUGAGAACGGGGUGUCUAAGGAUGUUUGGAUCUAUGACACGGUCCACGAGGAGUGGUCUAAAGGAGCACCCAUGUUGAUAGCACGUUUCGGCCAUGGCUCUGCUGAACUGGAGAACUGCCUGUAUGUGGUGGGCGGCCACACUGCCAUAGCAGGCGUCUUCCCUGCCUCCCCCUCAGUCUCCCUCAAACAGGUAGAGCGGUAUGACCCGCUUACCAACAAAUGGACCAUGAUGGCACCGCUUAGAGACGGUGUUAGCAAUGCAGCCGUGGUCAGCGCCAAGCUGAAGCUGUUUGUCUUUGGCGGCACCACCAUCCACAGAGACAAGGCCUCCAAGGUGCAGUGCUAUGACCCUCUAGGGAACCGUUGGGCCAUCGCAGCAGAGUGUCCGCAGCCGUGGAGAUACACGGCCGCCGCUGUUCUAGGCAGUCAGAUCUUCAUCAUGGGUGGAGACACUGAGUUCACCGCCGCCUCUGCCUACCGCUUUGACUGUGAGACCAACCAGUGGUCUCGUGUUGGGGACAUGACUUCCAAAAGAAUGAGCUGCCAUGCUGUGGCCUCUGGAAACAAACUGUAUGUGGUGGGGGGCUACUUUGGGACGCAGCGCUGCAAGACGCUAGACUGUUAUGACCCCACGUCCGAUAGCUGGAACAGUAUAACCACAGUGCCUUACUCACUAAUUCCUACUGCGUUCGUAAGCACCUGGAAACAUCUACCAGCAUAGCUGCCUCUCUACAAGAAUAAGGAGAGGUCUCCAGAACUGGGUGUCACAUGUUUCUGACCGUAGUGACUGGCAGAGGCUUGCUAGGGCUUGCCUGCCCGCAGCACAGCGUGACGUGUGUCCAUCGGGUGACGGAUGUGGCUCCGCCAGCGUCGCCCAUUCCUGCUCCUCCAAACCCACCUCCCCCGUUCCAGACGAUCUGAACACAAGGUCCUCCAAGAGGGAUGUCAUCAGCUGGCUCUGCUCCUUUAUAGCACAACGAGACAUCCACACCAUGCUUCCAAACAGUCUUAUCCAUGACCAUGGAGAGAGAGAGAGACACUUUAUUGACAGACCACUGACUUGGGUAUAUUGCUCAGUAUUUUUGACUGAGGCUAUUUUUGAAACAUGUUCUUCUUUUGAGGAAUCCACUACUAGAUCAUUCCACCUCUCAACCCGGGCGAAAUAGCCUCAAGGGCUGAUGUGUUUUUGUAAAUGACAAUUGAUAAACUACAGUAAGCAGGAACACUAUCCGUUCCAUCAUAGGUGGUGCUGUAGGCUCUCAGCACACAGGAUUUAUGAACUCGGCAAACGCUCAUAUCCAACAAAUAGCCUACAGUGCAAGUCAACUUUAUAAAACAAUGAGAUAUAUCAAAGAAACACAUUGCAUCAUUGACCUUUUCAGAGGAAAUAGUUGUUGUUUUUUACAUGGAAACAACAUUGAUUCAACCAGUUUUUGCUCGGUGGGUUGAUAAUGGGUCAAUGAGGGUACUAACCUUUUGAUACUAAGACUUUUUUCUUCUGUGAAUUGUGUUUAUUUCUGGAGUUAGUUUGUGGGAUGACAGCCGCACGGAAGCAACAACCUUUUUUUCCAGCAGUCCCUGAUGGGAAGGAGAACUUAACAGGAACUUUUAAUGAUUUUUAAUGAUAAGGACUCACUUUUAAACUGCAGUUUUCCAUGUGAGGGGUGCCUUCAAGGACUGUAAUAAGGCCUCCUUGUGAACUGAAUUCCUUGUGCCUAAUACUGGCAGGAAGGUUUGUCAUUUCACUCUGAAGUGUUUGAAUAAAUGACUAUUUCAUGCAUGUUGACUUGUUCCAUAAGUACAGGGAAACGGCUUAAAUAAGUGCCUCAGCUUGUCGUCUUGAUUUGUGUGACAACUCUAAUGCAGACAUUCCAGAGGGCUUUGAAGUAGAGAAAAUCAGCUUAUGAUAAUAAUUUGAGUUGGCUUAAAACCAGUGGGGAUUUAUUCCAGAAUUUCAUCCCUUUUCUGAUGUGGUUACUCUGAUGAGAAUGUUAGCGGAACACUUCUGAGUGACCUAAGUUAGCCAAAUGGUAGAAAUGGUAGUAAGCUCACUUCAACAAUGCAAAUAAUGUUUCUCAUAAUGAAUUAUUUAAUGCAAGGUUUUUUGGAAGCACACUUCAGUCCAUAUUUUAUUUUGCUUUAGGAAAACACUAACUAUUGCAGUAUGCAACCUCAAAUGACUUCUCCUGUAUUUUCACGUGUAUAUACAAUCCUUCCUUUAUGAGCACCAAUAUAAAGACCCUGAGACAAACCUAGCGAAGGCAACGGUAAGUUAGCCUGGCUCUGCCUGCUGAAUACAUUGUCUACGUAAAUGAAUGAUUUAAGGUUUUAUUCAUAACUCAGUUUGCCUAACAAUCCUCUCCUCCCCAGGAUACAAGGGUCUUAUCCUGUAAUGUUUGCACUGCUACAGUGAGAAGCUAUUAGCACGACACAUUAGGAUGGGAGUGACUGGUGUGAACGCAGACCACAUCAGUGAUGUUUCCUGCCUCUUCCUGGCCCCUCAGGGUAAAGAAACACACACUUGAUUCUCUCAGCUUUUUUUUUUUAGCUGAAAGGAACAAGUCUAAUCCCUAGGCUCCAGCCAUAAAAAAAGUUUAAAGGGUAUAUUCCUUUAGACGUUCACUCAUCCUUAUGUUCGUCCAAAUAACAACCACCCAAAGUCAUUUAGUCAACCACCCAUUCACCAAUCAGUGACAGUAUGGCCACAAGGUUGUUGCGUUGCUGUUUAUAGCCCAUUACAGACAUAUUUCCCCCUCCCCUCUAAUCAGCCUGUGUGGCUGUCAGCCCAGAAGCUUUAGCAGGAUUUCCAAAGGCAGCCAAGGGCACAGGCAGGUGUCGCCAGGCAGCAUAGCAAGCCCCCUGGGCAGGUGGAAGGUGAGUCCUCUGCCAGGAGACUAUCCGACCUGCCUCUCAGCCGUCUGGACAGACCACCUGCUGCCCUUUGUCAUCACUGAUAUCACAUAUCAUCCAAGAUCGCCCUCCUUACAACACACAUACAAUGCCCUUAGGGUUCUACGAGGGACUGCUACCAUCACACUCCUUUUUCAUUAUGACCAGUUAAGAUUGUAUGUUUUCAAUGACCUAGUAGAUUUCUGGGCUUGUUCUGCAUGGGAACUACAGCCAGGUGUUGAAUUGGGAUGGAACUGAUCCCCCUCUCCCCAAAAUAUGAGUUGCUUUUCCAUACUUAUUUCACUGAGAAAACAAAGAAUUUGCCAGUAUAGGCCUAUGCUGUUUUCCAUUCUAAGAUUAUGGCAGAGGUGUAUCACUGUACUACAUAAUGAGCUACUCCACCUAACUGCUUUCAGGCUGCAGCACCUCCAAACUCCUAAUGGGAUAGUCUGUGUAUGAUCCUAAUAGCAUGCUAGCAUUUACAGGGAGCUGACUCUCAUUGAAAUGCAGCAGCAGAGUUGUUCUGGUUUUUUCCGUUAGCUGCUUCAUAAUUGAGCAAUCUUGGAGCAUCCUUGCUCAUGUAUAUUUGAGCAAAUCCACUCCUCUCUUCCCAGUUCACAACAUCCCUCAAGCAAUACUUAAAUCUCGCUAAACUUCACAGGAGUUAAAAGUGCAACAAUUCUAUUUUCAUGAAAGGCUAUUACAUAAUACAUUGAAGUCUUUUUGUCUACUGUUUUUAAUAACUAAAUAUCCUUUAGCCAACAGCUUUUUUUUACUGUUCCCAAAAAGAGAAUAAAGAAUAAAUAAUG